GACUCGACUAGUCGACAAGUCAAUGUUUAUUUGGACAAGUUCACAAUCAGGCAAUCGUAGAGAUAGAGAGAGAAAGAUUACUGGUGAAGUGCACAGUUGUUUUUAGUGAGAGAAAGUAUUUUGAGAAAGUUUGAAUGGGAUUCAAGAUCUAGAGAAGUGAGAAAAGAGAUUGAAGAAGUUAUCAUCGUAAUUGCUCCGUAUCUCCUUUGGGAAAUGUCUUUAAAAGGGUCAACUCUUUAGUAAAGCUUUUCUUGGAAAAUGAAUGAAAUUUCUUCAACUUGCAAAAAUUCUGAAAGAGGGUAACUUGUGAAUUUGGUCAUGAACAACUUCAUUGGGAAUUUCUGCACCAAAAAUACAACUAAAGUUUUGAGAUUGGGACCUAAUUUCCCUUUCCUUUUAUGGGAUUUUGCCUCUUUCUAGGUUUCUACAAUUGAGAUUUCAGGGUUUUCCUCUAAAUCCCUAAUUCAAUCAGGGUUUUGGGCAUUUUGUAUGACCCUUUAAUUUUAGUGGGUUAUCUCUGAAUUAGACAAAGUUUGUAACUUUUUUUAUUUUCUUCAUAUUUUUCAAUAUAAUUUCAACUAUUUUUGUUAUUUUGGUAAGUUGGGGGUAGCUAAAAAUGGAUGGAAAUGAAGCAGUUUUGUAUACAGCCAUUAAUGCAAUUCAAGCUUUAGGUAGAGGUUUUGAUGUUAAUUUUGAUACAAGAUUGUUGUACUGCAAAGGGGUUUCUGGGUCUAGGAUACUACAAAUUGAUGAAGAACCCACUUGGGAUUUGAGCUUGUCUAACAAUUUGAUUAAUGUUCCUAGGGGAAUUAAGAAUGAGUCUUGCAUGGCUGGCAGAGAAAGUUUUGGAAUUUGCUCUUAUGAUGAGAUGGUGAAGCACUUUAAUAAAAAAGCUGAUCUAUUGGGAAACAUUCCUCUUGGAAGUUUCAACUCUGCGUUUAAUUUUACUGGUUCGAAGCACAUUGAUGCAACAUCUACCAAAUCUUUAUCAGUUGAUGGGUAUGUCAUCCCACUUGCCAAAUUUCAGCUCACUAAGUGUUCCUGGGUUCUACAAGAGAAUGUCGUAAAGGCUAUUCCUACAUCAUGGGACCCAUCUUCAUUAGCCAGUUUUAUUGAAAACUAUGGGACACAUGUUAUUACAUCCGUUACCAUUGGUGGUAAAGACGUAAUUUAUGUUAAGCAACAUCAAUCUUCACCUUUAUCAACCAUGGAGAUGAAAAACUAUGUCCAAGAGAUUGGAAAUCAGAGGUUUAUGCAUACAGAAAAUCAUACAAGUUCAGGUCCAAUUAGAAUAAAGGAUAAGGUUGGUGAUUCAAGCUUGUUCAACAGCCAAGGAAUAUAUCCACAACCGCCAAAUGUUUUAUCUCUCAAUGGAAAAGAAGACAUCACUGUCAUUUUUAGGCGGAGGGGAGGAGAUGAUCUGGAGCAAAGUCACAAACAAUGGUCUAGGACCGUGCAGUCUUCUCCGGACGUCAUUGACAUGUCUUUUGUCCCCGUAACCGAUUUAAUUAAAGAUUCAGCAAGAAAAGAAUAUCUAAGCCGAGCAAUUAGUCUCUAUCUGGAAUACAAGCCUCCAAUCGAGGAGCUAAGAUAUUUUUUGGAGUUUCAAGUACCUCGGGUGUGGGCUCCUUUGAACGAUAGGCUUCCUGGUCAUCAACGAAAGGAACCUGUUUGUCCGUCGUUGCAGUUCAGCUUAAUGGGGCAGAAACUCUAUAUUAGCCAAGAGCAGGUUUCUGUUGGGCGUAAACCUGUAACUGGAUUGAGAUUGUUUUUAGACGGAGCCAAGCAGAACCGAUUAAGUAUACAUCUUCAGCACCUGGCAUCCCUCCCAAAAAUAAUGGUUCCAUAUUGGGACAGUCAUGUAGCAAUUGGUGCACCCAAAUGGCGGGGACCCGAGGAACAAGAUAGUCGGUGGUUUGAACCUGUGAAAUGGAAGAACUUUUCUCAUGUGAGCACUGCUCCAAUUGAGAGCCCAGAGACUUUUGCAGGCGAGCUUUCUGGGGUCCACAUAGUCACGGGAGCUCAGCUCGGUGUUUGGGAUUUUGGGUCAAGAAACGUCUUGUACAUGAAGCUCCUGUACUCUAGGCUCCCAGGAUGCACUAUAAGGAGGUCAUGGUGGGACCAUACUCCAGUAGAGAAAUCAAAGAAAUCGGGUGGGGGUGAAAGUACUUCUGGUGACUCGAGUUCGGGAUCAUCAGAAAGUGUCAAUAGUAACAAGUUGGUCAAAUUCGUAGACAUGUCCGAAAUGAUGAAGGGGCCGGAAGAUCUUCCGGGUCAUUGGUUGGUGACGGGUGGAAAACUUGGUAUUGAAAAAGGGAAGAUUGUAUUGAGAGUGAAGUAUUCAUUGUUGAAUUAUUGAGGAGUUAGUUUCAUGGUUUUGUGCAGCUGUGCUUUUCUAGUUUGAUGUUUAUUAAUGCAAGUGAAUUGGUUUAAGUAGCUGUGUAACUUGCUGUGUGAUUAUCAGGGGAUAAAAUGUGCAUUAUUUUCCAAUUUUGGUGCUAGUUAUUUCUUCAGGGUUAUCAUUGUAAAAUUUGUAGAUAUAAGAUAAUGCUAAUUUUGUUUGAUUAA